UUUAAUUAUUUUGUGAUAAAAUAUCUAAAAGAUAAGAAGUCGGGCUUUUUAAACAGUUCACAAACAUACUUAGAAGCAACAUGGCACAGGUUAAGUUGACCUACUUUGACCUCUAUGGCCGUGGAGAGAUUAUUCGUCUUCUUCUUAAACAUGCAGGAAUAGAAUUUGAGGAUUUUCGCCUUCCGGCUCCUUUCGUUGAUCCUACUGAAUGGAUGAAAUUAAAACCUACAAUUCCAUCCGGACAGUUGCCUAUGCUUGAAUGGAAUGGAACCAAGCUAAGCCAGUCUAUGGCAAUUUGUAGAUUUAUUGCUAAAGAAGCAAAUCUUGCAGGUAAGACAAGUUUAGAGACUGCUGCUAUUGAUGAGAUGGUAGAUGCAGUUCAGGAUAUUAACAACCAGUGGUAUAAUGGACAGUUUGAGACAAACGAGGAGAAGAAGAAGGAGAUGCAGGAGAACUUCAACAAGGUCUUCCUCCCAGAGAAGCUGAGGAUGAUUGAGAAGCGGAUGACAAGCUCUGGAGGACAGUUUUUGGCAGCUAAUGCACUCUCAUGGGCGGACAUACACUUCCUACAGUCCGCUCUGGUUCUUCAGAAAACUGAUCCAGAAGUUCUCAAAGAUUUCCCUAAACUGGAGAAUCUCGUGAAGAGAGUUCAAGAUCUACCAAACCUCAAGAAAUGGAUUGCUGAGAGGCCAGAUGCGCCAUUUUAAUUCUGUUAAACAUUGGACGCGGCAUUUCUUAAUUACGUAACUAACUCAACAUUUCGUAAUCUUUAUAAUGGUCAAAUGCGUUACUUUAUUGAAAUAUAAAUAAUUUAAAAUUUG